AUGAGAGAAGUAAAUCAGUCAUCGCCCCUGGAAUUCAUCCUCCUGGGAGUUAAUGGUCAGCAGGAACAAGAAUAUUUCUUCAUCCUCUUCCUGUUCAUUUACCCCAUCACAUUGACUGGAAACCUGCUCAUCAUCUUGGCCAUUCACUCUGACGUUCGCCUUCACAACCCCAUGUAUUUUUUCCUUGCCAACCUCUCCUUGGUGGACAUCUUCUUCUCAUCUGUAACCAUCCCUAAGAUGCUGGCUAGCCAUCUCUUAGGCAGCAAAUCCAUCUCCUUUGGGGGAUGCCUAACACAGAUGUGUUUCAUGCUUGCCUUGGGUAACACAGACAGCUAUAUUUUGGCUGUAAUGGCAUAUGAUCGAGCUGUGGCCAUCAGCCGCCCACUUCACUACACAACAAUUGUGAGUCCAAAAUCUUGUGUUCUGCUAAUUGUUGGGUCUUGGGUGGCUGGAAUCACCAAUUCCCUCCCCCACACUCUCCUCACAGCUGGCCUGUCCUUUUGUGGCAGCAAGGAAGUGACCAACUUCUACUGUGACAUUGCCUCUUUGCUCAAGCUGUCCUGUUCUGAUAUUCACUUUAAUGUGAAGAUGAUGUACCUAGGGGUUGGUGUCUUCUCUGUGCCAUUACUAUGUAUCAUUAUCUCCUAUGUUCAGGUCUUUUCCACGGUCCUACAGGUUCCAUCCACUAAAGGUGUGCUCAAAGCCUUCUCCACCUGUGGUUCCCACCUCACAGUUGUUUCUUUGUAUUAUGGGACAGUCAUGGGCACAUAUUUACGCCCUCUGACUAGGUACAGCCUAAAAGAUGCAGUGAUUACUGUGAUGUACAUUGCAAUGACGCCAAUGUUAAAUCCUUUCAUUUAUAGUCUGAGAAACCGAGACAUGAAGGCUGCCCUGUGGAAACUCUUCAGCAAGAAAAUCCCCUCGUGA